GCUUUGUUUUGCAUUAUAUAUAUACCCUACACGUACUGCAGGAGCAAUGGACCUGUCAAUGCAAGAUAACCUCGCACAAGAAAUCUUUCUAAUUUGAACUGGACACCAAGUACUCUACAUGUCGACCUGGCCAAUUUAGCCACCACACACCAAUCCUAAGGCUCAGACACAACAUUUCCAACACAAAUACACAUUUGAUUAGAUUUAGAGUAGGGUAUCGAUAAAGAAAGCCACCACAAAAACAUUCCUAUUUCUCUCCCGCCUAAAACUCAACAAUUUUACAUGUGGCAUUCUUCUUGUUCAGCUUCUUAACUUCAACACUCGAACAGAAUUUCAUUCAUAAUAAAAAUGGGUUGCGGUUCCUCAAAAAGAAUUGAGGCCACCAUAGAUGUCUACCGUCCACCACCUUCAAGCUUUGCCGUUUUCGAUAUCAACUCCAUCCAAGAGCCAUGGCUUUCUGUCGAUAAUACUGAUCAAGAAAAACCAGAAAAGCCAACCCAUGUCCCUGCUCCCUUACUCGAGAAGCUCAACAAGUUGGAAACUGAUACUCCUCAUCCUUGGGAGGAGGUUAGCAAAGCCCUAGAAGACCUCAAGCCCACCCUCACUAACAAAAAUUCUAUUUCUCCACCACCGGCGAAAGUCAGCAGUACCAUCACCACCACGACUUCUGCCUUGGCCGCAGAAAAGAAACAACCUCCAGCACCAAGAAAGAGCUCCUCUUUUCAUACCCUUGAAGAGCUGGACGCUAAACUCUCUUCAAAACCCAAGAAAGAAAUAAGGAAAAUUGAGUCCAUGACCGAGUUGAGGAAAACAGAGGCCAGAAUGACCGAUUCGUCACAAGUUGUGAUUAAGCCAGCAACCGAGUCCGGAAACAUUAUCAGGCCAGUUAAAGAGAAUAUAUUCAUACUCAGAGACAGGCAAGAGAAAGAAAAAGAAGGGAAAAUGGCAAAUUACGACAAAAUUAUAAGGAACCCACUAAGUGACUACCCAGAGAAGUGUCCCCCCAGUGGAGAUGACUCGGUGGUCAUUUACACAACAUCGUUGCGUGGAGUACGUAAAACAUACGAGGAUUGCAACCGUGUACGCGUCUUAAUGGAAUUACACAGAGUAGUGUUCGACGAAAGAGACGUGUCGUUGCAUGGAGAGUUCCUGAAGGAGCUAAGGGAGCUGUUAGGAGAAGAAACGAGUGUGCCUAGAGUUUUUGUGAAAGGAAGGUACAUAGGAGGAGUAGAUGAGGUAGUGGAACUCAACGAGUCGAGUCGACUCGGGAGGAUACUGAAUUGGGCACGUGUGGAGAGAGGAUUAGGAAGACAAGCGUGCGAAGGGUGUGGGGGAGCCAGGUUUGUGCCGUGUUUGGAUUGUGGUGGGAGUUGUAAGGUAUUGGUGGAUGGAAUUAAAGAGAGGUGCGGUCAGUGUAAUGAGAAUGGUUUGGUUCUUUGUCCAGCUUGCCUUUAAGUGGAUGAGAUACGAGUGGCUACAAGUGGAUCUUCUACAUUAAGUUUGUGUUUAUGGUUAAUAUAUUUUCAUGUUAUGAUUUUGAAUUUGACAUAUUGACAAACUAUUAUGAAAUAAAUGUAAAUUGUGAAAUUAUUUAUGUUUCUA